CGACAUUUGAGCGUACACGGUGUCAACAGAGAAUGAAUUAGCAUGGUGUAAUACACAUGUGAAUGUAGGACCGAACAAGGAGCAGGUGUAAACUUAUCAACACCGCUCAUGCAUACGGAUCUGGGACUUGCAGGGGGUCAUGCUUUUUCAAUUUGAGUCGGAGGUCAGGAUGGAAGAGGGCCCUCUGAUUGAAGGGACGUGUAGGUGGCGGAUGCUGCUGCCGAAUCCGCUUUCUCCUGCCAAGAUUUGCACCUCUCCCGAACACGUGCUGCAAAUGUCAAAGGAGCUCCUUUUACUUGCUUUGCCUUGCCUACGUGCGGUUGUGCUUGCAUCUGAUUGUGAAGGCAAGCAGCGGUUCAGUCAAACCUUAGUUGCAGUGUUACUCUACUGUUGCAAUAGCCAACUCUUCUGCUGAGCGUUGUUCUUGCAAGCAAUUGCUGCCCAAGGCUCCACAGAGCACGCGAGUGACGCAGCGAUUUUCUGAAGGAGAAAGCACGUGCCCUUAUCAAAAUCCUGGGUGGCGCAACAUGUCGUUCUGGGAGAUUCCGGGCAUGAAGGCUGGCGUGGUCACCGGAGACCUGGCUUGGGCUCUCUUGCAGCAUGCCAAGGAACACAAGUAUGCCAUCCCAGCUUUCAACUGCACCAGCUCCAGCACCAUCAACUCUGUCCUCGAAGCGGGCAAGGAACUCAACCGUCCAGUGAUGAUCCAGUUUUCCGAGGGAGGCUCUGCCUUUGUUGCAGGAAAGGCGCUGCCAAAUGAGAAGGGCAAGCUGCAGGCUUCAAUCCUUGGAGCUGUUGCGGGUGCUCACUUUGCACGCGCAGUGGCUCCGGCCUACGGCAUCCCGGUCCUCGUGCAUUCGGACCACUGCGCAAAGAAGUUGUUGCCAUGGUUUGACGGUAUGUUGGAGGCAGACGAGGCAUACUUCAAGGAACAUGGAGAGCCAUUGUUCUCUUCUCACAUGCUGGAUUUGUCCGAGGAGCCAGAUGAGGAAAACAUCGCGAUUUGCGAGAAGUAUUUGAAGCGCAUGGCCCCCAUGAAGCUUAUUCUGGAGAUGGAGAUCGGGAUCACAGGUGGCGUUGAGGAUGGUGUCGACAACAGCGGAGCCGCUAAGGAGAAGCUGUAUUCCACGCCACAAGAUGUGUUCGCCGUCUACAAGGGCCUCAACCCAAUUUCUCCCAUGUUUACCAUUGCGGCAGCCUUCGGCAAUGUCCACGGAGUUUACAAGGCUGGCAACGUCGUUCUGAAGCCAGAGAUUCUGCAGGACAUGCAGGACUAUGCAAGGGAGCAGAUCAAGGCAUCCACUGGCAAGGACAUCGAGAGGCCACUGAAUUUUGUGUUCCACGGUGGUUCUGGAUCUGAAAAGCACCAUAUCGCCACUGCAUUGAAUGCUGGCGUUGUGAAGAUGAAUGUGGACACUGACACGCAGUGGGCCUACUGGGAAGGCUUGCUGAAGUUCUACAAAUCCAAGGAGGGUUACUUGCAAGGUCAGAUUGGCAAUCCAGAAGGUGAGGACAAGCCGAACAAGAGCUACUAUGACCCUCGCAAAUGGAUCCGCGAGUGCGAAGUGACCAUGGUCAAGCGUGUGAAGGAGAGCUGCACGGACCUUUCGAAUGUGAAUGCCUAACUCCUGUGAGUGGGAUGCAUGAUUUGCAAUUCCGCGGGCGUUCGACAAGGCAUAUGUUUGAAACUUCACCUUCAGAUUGCCCAGUUUGAUACUUUUGAUUGAACUUUCAGUCGCCCAUGACCUAUACUUUUUAACCGCCCAUGGUUUUCGAUUGGCUCAGCGAUGCGCUGGUGCUGCCAAGCUGUG